GAUAAUUUACAAGAGGUGUUUUUUAGAGCGCUCAUUAUGUCGGUGGUAGGUAUUGAUGUGGGUUACCAAAAUUGUUACAUCGGUGUGGCCAGGAGCGGCGGCAUUGAAACCAUUGCCAACGAGUACAGUGACAGAUGCACACCGGCUUGUGUAUCUUUGGCCUCCAAAAAUCGCAUGAUUGGAAAUGCAGCCAAGAGUCAAAUUACAACAAACUUCAAAAAUACAGUCCAUGGAUUCAAGAAGUUCCACGGCAGAGCAUUUGAUGACCCAUAUGUCCAAGCGGAAAAACCCAAACUGCCUUACAGCUUACAUAAACUGCCCAAUGGAAACACUGGAAUUAAGGUACGUUAUCUGGAGGAGGACAAAGUGUUCACAGUGGAGCAGAUCACAGGGAUGCUGCUUAACAAGCUGAAGGAGACGUCAGAGAGCGCGCUAAAGAAGCCAGUGGUGGACUGUGUCGUCUCUGUCCCAAGUUUCUUCACAGAUGCUGAAAGGCGAUCAGUGUUUGAUGCAACUCAAAUAGCAGGGCUGAACUGCUUACGGCUCAUUAAUGACACCACUGCAGUGGCUUUGGCCUACGGGAUCUACAAGCAGGACCUUCCUACUCCGGAAGAGAGGCCAAGAAAUGUGAUAUUUGUUGACAUGGGACAUUCAUCGUUCCAGGUCUCCAUCGCUGCUUUCAACAAAGGCAAACUCAAGGUCCUCGCCACUGCAUUUGACCAGUACCUUGGUGGGCGCAAUUUUGACGAGGCGCUGGUUGAUUACUUCUGCGAGGAGUUUAAGAGCAAGUACAAAUUAAAUGUGAGGGAGAACCCAAGGGCUCUGCUGCGGCUGCACCAGGAGUGUGAGAAACUGAAGAAGCUAAUGAGUGCCAACUCCUCCGACCUGCCUCUGAACAUAGAGUGCUUCAUGAAUGACAUUGAUGUUUCCGGCAGGAUGAACAGGGGCCAGUUUGAAGACAUGAGUGCUCAAUACCUGAUGAGAGUAGAGAUGCCACUGAAAGCAGUCCUUGAACAAUCAAAGCUGAGUCGGGAUGAUAUCUACGCAGUGGAGAUAGUUGGAGGAGCCACGAGAAUCCCGGCUGUCAAAGAGAGAAUUGCCAAGUUCUUUGGCAAAGACAUCAGCACCACGUUGAAUGCAGACGAAGCUGUGGCCAGAGGCUGUGCACUUCAGUGUGCAAUUUUGUCUCCAGCAUUUAAGGUGCGUGAAUUUUCCAUCACCGACGUGGUUCCGUUUCCUAUUACUCUUCGCUGGAAAACACCAACAGAGGAUGGAUUGGGAGAGUGUGAGGUGUUCAGCAAGAACCACGCUGCUCCAUUUUCCAAAGUGAUCACCUUUCACAAGAAGGAGCCCUUUGACCUUGAAGCCUUCUACAGCUGCCCUCAAGAGCUCCCCUACCCAGACCACAGGAUAGGAUGCUUUUCGGUACAGAAUGUCGUUCCCCAGCCAGAUGGAGACAGCUCUAAAGUGAAGGUCAAAGUGCGUGUUAACGUCCAUGGCAUCUUCAGUGUGUCCAGUGCCUCUCUGAUUGAGAAGCAGAAAGGGGAGGGAGAGGACAUGCAAAUCGACUCGGAGCCAAUGGUGCAGAAUGAAGGCAGGGCAGAGGACCAGACCAAAAUGCAGGUGGACCAGGAAGGCCAAAGCCAGGGGGACCAGCAGAACGACGACAGCAGUUCCAGCAGUAAGGAGGGGGCGUCUGGGGAGAAGCCGGACCCAGCAGCAGGAGGAAGCAAACCCAAAGUCAAAGUGAAGAGUAUGGAUCUUCCCAUCGUGGCCAACAACAUUCGACAACUCGACAGUAAAGUCCUCAACGACUUUGUGGAGUAUGAGCAUCAGAUGAUUAUCCAGGACAAAUUGGUGAAAGAGAUGAAUGAUGCUAAAAAUGCUGUUGAGGAGUAUGUAUACGAUCUGCGGGACAAACUCUGUGGGAUCUAUGAAAAGUAUAUCACUGAGGAUGACAGUAACCGGCUAACACUGAUGCUGGAGGACACAGCGAACUGGCUGUAUGAGGAUGGAGAGGACCAACCCAAACACGUCUAUGAGGAGAAGCUGGAUGCACUCAAGAGGUUGGGUCAACCCAUUCAGGAUCGGCACAGAGAGCACAUGGACAGGCCAAGGGCUUUUGAAGAGCUGGGAAAGAAAAUGCAACUCUACAUCAAGUUUGUGGAUUCCUAUAAACAGAAGGAUGAGCGAUACCUGCAUUUGAGUGCAGAGGAAGUGAGCACUGUGGAGAGGUGUGUGAAUGAAAGCAUGGUUUGGAUGAACAGCAGGAUGAACGCACAGAGUAAACUUGGUAUUACUCAAGACCCUAUUGUUAAAGUAGCAGACAUCAUUGCCAAAAUACAGGAACUGGAGGAUGUAUGUAUUCCAGUGAUCAACAGGCCAAAACCCACGGUGGAGGAGGCCCCUGAAGUGAAUGACCAAAACAGUGGAGCUCAUAAUGGCCCUGCAGCAAAGCAAGCAGCAGAAGGAAAGGGAGAUACAAAGGGAAGCCAGCAGACAAAGCCUGGCACGAAAGAGAUGGAGGUGGACUGAGAUGUGUGAGAAGCAAACUCUUCAAUCAUCCCGCAUCAACCACAACUGACCAUUUAGACAGUAGAAACAUCAAUACCUGGGACCAUUUCUCAACCGUCACCAAUCACUUCUAUGGAUUAGUUUUUUUGU